AUCAUAAAAUGUUGAACACAAAAUGGACUGGAUCUCUGCAGUGUCGGCUUGCUGUUAUAUUGACAGUCGCUGGUCUCAUUUCUCUGACCAUCAUGUUUGUAUGGACUUCACCUCAGACCUUUUGUCUACCUGAACAACUUUCAUUUAAGCCAGACUCAGGUAGACACCACGUAGAGAAGAACAACUCACUCGAUGAAGCAGUGGUUGACAAACCUAUUCUUUUGUUAUGGGUCUGGCCUGAAAACUACAGAUUCGAUCUGAACGACUGUAAAACUAUUUACAACAUUGACGGCUGUCACCUGACAGAUAAUAGAUCUCUCUACAACAACACGGAUGCUGUGCUGCUUUUUCAUAAAGCUAUUAGUCUGUCCACACUUCCUCCAUCUCCUCGCCCUCCGUUUCAAAAGUGGAUAUGGAUGAACGUUGAAUCACCAACUAACACACGAAAGCUACCCGGAAUUGAAAACGUGUUUAAUCUGACUCUCAGUUAUAGAGAGGACUCUGAUAUUCCUGUGCGGUUACGCCUGACUAGCAAUAAGAUCCCAGAUGAGAAUUUUGAAAUUCCCAAAAAAGAAAAACUCAUCUGUUGGGUUGUGAGUAACAAUGCAGACAGCACAGGUGUUGGAACAAGAAACACUUACUAUAGAGAACUUAGCAAGUACGUCAAAAUACACGUGUAUGGAAAAGCUUAUGGAUCGUUCCUGGAUUAUAACAACUACUUUCCCACCAUAGCCAGCUGUAAAUUUUAUCUCUCCUUUGAGAACUCCAUUCACAAAGACUACAUCACUGAGAAGUUAAAUGGACCUCUGGCAGUAGGUACUGUACCUGUGGUGCUGGGACCUCCACGAAAAAACUAUGAAAGGUUUGUACCGGGUGACUCAUUUAUUCAUGUGAAUGACUUUCCAGAUGCAAAGUCACUAGCAGAAUAUCUUCAGCGUCUGGACGUGGAUGAUGACGCAUAUCGCAGGUACUUUAACUGGAGGAGACAUUUCUCAGCUCGACCUCAUUUAAUAUUGAAGAACCAAGAGUUUGUUCUGGCUAUUUGUACAGCCUGUGAUUAUGUAGGAAGACACAAAGAAUAUAAAGAAGCUCAUGAUAUCUAUGAAUGGUUUUUCAACUAAUGUCAUCUUAGAUUUUAGUGUUAGCUUAACCUUGAUAAUGAAUCACUGAUCAAUUUUUGAAUGCAAAAAUUUUUAAAGUUACAUUAUAAAACGGGCAGUUCUGGUCAUUCAUUUUUAUUUGGUUGAAACGCAUUCUAAGCUGCAAUAAAAUACUCCGGUAACCGCACGGUUCAGACCGCAUAUCUUAAGUAUCACUGCGCCACUGUUGCUACAUCCACAGUCUUUAAUCAUAUUUUUUUCUACAACUGCACAAUUAGUGGCAAUAUCCAGAUAAAUGUCAAUAAAUAUUGUUAUCUCGUCAAUUUAGAGAAAACGCUUCAGUGACGAGUUUUUACCUCAAAUCCAUAUUUCCACUAGGUGGCGAUCUUUUGAAUCUGAUCUCUAACAAAAAUUCUUCACAAAAAUGGAAUUAUCUCAACUUUAAGCUCAAAAUUUGAGAAGUGAUUAGAAAACAAAUGAAGGUUUGUUUGUUUGAAAGCGGGGGUCUGUUCUUUUUUAUUUUAUAUAUUUUAUGUUUAUUUAAAGAAGAAUUUUUUUCUGAAAGGUGUUAAUCUAAAACUGGGUGGCAACUUUUUUUUAAAACGCUGAAUGGGAAAUAGUUAAGCAUGCUUCCAAGCAUUUUUGAUCCACACUUCAACAGUUGCACAAUAUAAAUGUUUAAAUUAGAUGAAUGUUUAUUUAUGAAAAUAAAUCAUAUUUUCAUUGUGUCUUUGUUCCGUCUGUGUUUCUUGGGAACUGUGCUCUGUUGCAGCCACACUUGAUUCUGAGGAACUACUUUGUUUGGCGGAAGAGUAAUAUUUGUACUAAUAUAAUUACAACUUAUUUGAUGUGUUUUAUUUUAUGAAAUCCUGCUAUGCAUAUGAAGUAACUGUUUUAGUGGUAGUGCAUUCUAUAACAACACCCCUUAGCUGUUAUAAAAUGCACUGGUAACCCACUGCUGCUUCUUGGGGCUUAUUGCUUUAUUAACUUUGAUACAUCAUUGUUUUCAAUAUAUAUUUUGAUAUGAAUAAAUAAUCUUCUGCCCUGUGGUCUUCUGUUCAAACAUUCAUAUUUUGUAUUGCAGCAUUGUAAUACUGUAAUAGGCUACUAACUAAUUUGAUUUUAACAUAUUUCA